UGAUGGUUGGAGUUACGUCAUCUCAGCUGCCCUAAAUACGAAAGGGAUGGAAUGAUAAAUACGUCCAAACAAGAGCCAUUUUCUUUGACUUUUUUAUUUUUUUUUUCUCUCUCUCAUUUUCGCCAAUCAAAUCACAUUGAUUAUCUCGCACUCUCUCAUUCCCUCUGUGAUACCCGCCCUCUCUCCAGAAUCCAGAUUUCAUAUACUCUCUCAGAUUCGCAUUUCCCCUGUUGCAUUGCCAAUUCAAUACCACCGCCAUGAACGACGACCUUUUUCUCUCCUCCAUGAACGCUCUCCCUCCGACACAAGGGACAUCUGGGUGGUUUUGAGGCACAUAAUUGAAGCAGUCUUAACAAUAGGUAUUUGACCACUUCCUAGACGGAGAUGGACGUUUGCAGGCCCCUCAAAUGUGAUAGAAAUUUAAAGCAUCGGCCUUUGACUCCUUUUAGAGUUGUAAGGGGUGUGAUAUGCUUAGUGGUAUUUCUUUCCACAGCAUUCAUGUUUUUAGUGUAUUUUGGACCUCCAGCUGCUGUGAUGUUGCGGUUUUUAAGUAUACAUUUUAGCAGAAAAGCAACAUCCUUUCUUUUUGCUCUUUGGCUUGGUCUGUGGCCUUUUCUGUUUGAAAAGAUAAAUGGCACUAAAGUAGUUUUUUAUGGAGAUUCCCUUCCGGUACGGGAACGUGCUCUGAUUCUUGCCAAUCACAGUACUGAAGUCGAUUGGAUGUAUUUAUGGGAUCUAGCAUUGCGGAAAGGCUGCCUUGGCCACAUCAAAUACAUUCUUAAAAGCAGCUUGAUGAAACUACCAGUCCUUGGUUGGGGAUUUCAUAUUUUGGAGUUUGUCCCUUUGGAGAGAAAGUGGGAAGUUGAUGAACCAGUUUUACGUCGUUCACUUUCAAAGUUUACAGAUCCUCAAGAUCCCUUAUGGUUAGCUCUUUUUCCAGAAGGAACAGAUUUUAGUGAAGAAAAAAGCAAAAGUAGUCAGAAAUUUGCAGCUGAAGUUGGACUUCCUGUAUUGACGAAUGUGCUACUUCCAAAAACAAGAGGAUUCUGUGCGUGCUUGGAAGCUCUAAGGGAUUCGUUGGAUGCAGUUUACGAUGUGAGUAUUGCAUACAAGAAUUGCUGCCCUUCUUUUUUGGACAAUGCGUUUGGAGUGGAUCCUUCAGAAGUUCACAUUCAUGUUAGGCGUAUCCAGAUAAGAAAUAUCCCAACUUCUGAUAGUGAUGCUGCUGCUUGGUUAAUUGAUACAUUCCAGUUAAAGGACCAGUUGCUCUCGAAUUUCAAAGCUCAAGGCCAUUUCCCUAAUCAAAUAGCAGAAGAAGAACUUUCCUUUGAAAAGUGCUUAUUAAACUUUAUGUUGGUAAUUUCUUUGACCGCCAUAUUUUUUUAUCUUACCUUCUUUUCAUCUUUCUAUUUUAAAAUAUACGCUGGUUUAGCAUGUAUAUAUCUUGCUUCAGCUACUCAUCUGAAAUUUCAACCAAUGCCAGUUCUUGGCUUUGUUAGAACAUUGUUAUCUUUUCAGAAACCUAUAAGGGAAUAAAAUUCUAAAUAAUUAAAAAAAAAAAAAAAGAAAAAGAAAAAACAAAUUACAAAUUUUA